AUGUCACAUCAGAAAUCACAGCCACCCCAUACUGGCAUCUUUGAUUUAAGUGUGGAUAUCAAGUACCUCGUCUUGAAUUAUCUGGACAACAGAUCAUUGGCCUACCUAGCACAAACAUGCACCUACUUUGCCAUGCUGGUGCGGAAUAUUUUCUCAUUCAGAGAGGCACAUGUCAGCUUGGUAGAUCAUUAUAUGCCAAAACUGCCCCCUUUCUUGAAUUAUCGAGCCGGAGCGUCCGUUGGAUCAACAUUCUACAUGCCCUUCAUCAACGAAAGUCCAUUCUGCUACACUUACGAUAUGAACUCGCACGUAUGGGCAACUCGAAAGCUAAACACGGUGGAGCAGAUUCAACCGCAAAUCACAUGUGCCGCUGUAAUUGGACAAAAGAUGUAUCUCGUUUGUGGGAGAUUGCUGAAUUCAUACACCUUAUCCAAUGCCUUGAUUGAGAUUGACACGACUGAUUUCAAAGCCAAAUUCAUAAAAGACACCUUCGGCGUACCUCCUCGUCCCCGUCAUGAGCACUCAGUGGAUGCUGUUGGUGAUCGCUACUUGGUUGUGUUUGGUGGUCUAUGCUAUAAUUCAGUGGGCGAGAAUGACGUAUUUGUAUAUGAUACAUUUGACAAUCGAUGGUUUGUGCCACCGAUAACUGGUCAUUUACCGCAUUUGCGAUUUGGUCAUGCCAGUACAGUCAUCGGAAACAACUUGUAUAUCCAUGGAGGCGCCCAAUUGGACAACGACAGCAGUUACAUAGUAUACGAUGAUCUCUACAAACUGGAUUGCGAGACCUGGGUUUGGUACAAGUACGAGCAUCCCGAAGUCGAGCGUUAUUUGCGUUAUCAGACACCAGCAGCGGGCGGCGGCAUACCACAGCGACAUCAUCUGAUUGCUACCAACGGCGACAGUCCCUAUGAUCGAUUCCAAGCGUACAUGUGCAGCUAUGGCAACAAGCUCAUCAUAUUCGGAGGACACUCGAUCCGCGAAGACGACGAGGAUAAUGAGAUUUUAUGCAGCUACCCCAUGGACGAGUUAUGUGUAUUUAAUACCAAACGCCAUCAAUGGACUGUAUUACGGGCGGCAACGAGACACAAUGACAUGGUGUUUGGCAGCAAUGCUCAGGAAACGCUGGACGGCGAAGAAGACGAUCCUAUCACAGUGUCUGACAUGAGUGCAGCUACCAUCCAAAUACCCACAGGCGGUAUCCGUAUCUAUAUUAUCGCUGGUCGAAAAGCUGCAGAGGUACCGAGAACACAAUCCAGGGGCGACAAGACAUCCUUCUCAUCCAAAAUAUCAUCAUCAUCGAAUUCCAACGGAUCCGCAGCCUCAGUCGAAUACCACAGCAACAACAGCUUCCUUCCCAGCAUCCGCGAAGAUCGAUGUAUGGACGGCGAAAGCGAGAUGGCUGAAGGGAGCAAUGAUGUUGUGAGUGAUGGCAUGAAGAGCGAGAGCGAGCUGUCGAGUCAGGGCGACAUUCGAAAACCAAAUACAUCACAACAUUCACAGCAAGUCAAAGAGUUAUUCAAAGCAAUCGAUCCAGACAUGGAGCAUGUGGCCAUUGAUGACCGGGAGCGAAAUGUGCACCAAGACACCACGCUUUUAGAGAAUAAUAACCACGCAACACCAAACAGUAAAUCGCAUUCAAAACCAGGCAGUAGCAGUCGAGGCAACCGGAAUCAGAAACGCCGUAGACCGUCCAUCAGUGUCAUUCAUCGUGCGCAACCAGAUGAACCUGCUGAAGCUACGCAGUAUGACAAGGCCACCUCGUCCUCCUCUUCCUAUAGUAGUGGCAGUGACAGUUUGGGUAAACGCAAUAACAACCCGCACAGAGCCAAGACCGUAACUCCAUGUGCCAUACUGUUGGAUCUAAUCGAGUAA